CAGACGCUCCUCGCGACGCGCUGCCCAGGUGUUCGUUGUGUUGCAGAGAUAUCCGGACCGUUUCGGAGCUUUAUCAGUGGAUCAUCACGACAUGGCCUAACUCGAUAUUCUUUGUCCAUGAGCCCGGCUGUCACUCGGACGUCUGAGAUGCCGUCUUUCCACACAAACUCCCUCAUCUCUCUGAGAACAGCGGGAACACCGUUAACAUGAAGACUGACACGGGGGUGAUAAUUUGAACCGUUUGUGUUUAUAACUCGAGAGGGAGAAGCUAGCAGGGAGCUAGCUCGGAUAUCGGUAUUGUGAAGCCAUGGCUGGACUCAUCAAGAAGCAGAUCCUGAAGCAUCUCUCCAGGUUUGCUAAGAACCUGUCGCCGGACAAGAUCAACCUGAGCACGCUGAAGGGGGAGGGCCAGAUGACCAACCUGGAGCUGGACGAGGAGGUUCUGCAGAGCCUGCUGGACCUGCCCACCUGGCUCGCCAUUAACCGCGUCGAGUGCAACAAGGCCGCCAUCAGGAUACCAUGGACAAAGUUGAAGACUCACCCAAUCUCUUUGACGUUGGAUAAAGUGGUGAUGGAGAUGAGCACCUGCGACGAGCCCCGUCCUCCUAAUGGCCCGUCGCCCAUAGCAACAGCAUCAGGACAAAGUGAAUAUGGCUUUGCUGAAAAGGUGGUGGAGGGCAUAUCGCUGUCCAUCAACUCCAUUGUCAUCAGGAUCAGUGCCAAGGCCUUCAACGCCUCCUUCGAGCUUUCGCAGCUGCAGGUCUACAGCGUCAACACCAGCUGGAGCAUCAGCGACCUGCGCUUCACCCGCAUCCAGGACCCUCAGAGGGGGGAGAUCCUGACGUUUAAAGAGAUCAGCUGGCAGAUGAUCCGCAUCGAGGCGGACGCCAUCCAGAGCGCCGAGCACGAGAUGCUGAGCGCCCCCAUCCGCCUCAUCACCAACCAGUCCAAGAUCAGAGUGACUCUCAAGAGACGGAUUAAGGACUGUAACGUGGUGGCCUCCAAGCUGAUCCUCGUCCUGGACGACCUGCUCUGGGUGCUCACCGACUCCCAGCUCAAAGCCAUGGUGCAGUACGCCAAGUCUCUGAGCGAGGCCAUGGAGAAGUCAGCGCAGCAGAGGAAGAGCAUGGCCACCGAAGAGCAGGUGUCCUCAGCCCCCCCCUCAGCCCAGCAGGUGCGCACCCAGCAGGCGUCCUCAGCAGCGGACCAGGGUGCCACCAUGGCCAAGCUGUUCAGCGCCUAUGACGUGUGCGAGACGUCCCACCACCUGCAGAUCACACACCUCGACCUGCACAUCUGCGACGACAUCCAGGCUAAGGACAAAGUAGCCACUAAGAGAAUAACAGGUGGAGCAAUGCAGCUUUCCUUCAGCUCCAUCACUUUGGACUACUACCCUUUCCACAGAGCAGGGGACCCUUGUGUUCACUGGAUGCAUUACAGCGAGGCCACAAAGACCAGAGAGGGCUGGGCUCGCAGUCUGCUCGAUGAGUUCAAUUCCAACGUGGAGAUGUUAAAGACCACCGUUCGAGAUCAGCAGGGCCCUCCCCCCGCGCACCCUUCCCCACAGCACGGUAAAAUAAACACCUCUUCCAGCGCUGCCUUCAGUCCUCCUCUCCCCCAAAGCCCCAAGACCCAGCUGAUGUCCAGCUCCGUUGUUCUCAGGAUGGCUGACUUCAACAUCUACCAGGUGUCGACAGCAGACCAGCGCCGCUCCAGCCCCAAGACCAUGAUCUCCUGCAAUAAGAAGUCCCUGUACCUUCCCCCAGAGAUGCCAGCCAUUCAUGUGGAGUUCACCGAGUACUACUUCCCUGAUGGAAAAGACUACCCGAUCCCGUGUCCUAACCUGUACGCCCAGCUGAACGCCCUGCAGCUGGUUCUGGAUCCCCGCAGCCUGGUGUGGAUCAACCUUUUCACCCUCGACCUCAGGCAGAGUCUGGAGGCGUUCAUGGAGAUCUACAAGCUCAGCGACUCGCAGAAACCUGAAGAGCAUGUGGACAUCAAGGUGGACGGCCUCAUGCUGAAGCUGGUGAUCCCCACCGAUCAGGACACUUCCUGUCCCCCCGAUCUGCCUCGCUCUAUCUCAGUGCAGACGUCAGAAAUGGUGGCCACGAACACCCGGCACCCGGCGAACUGCACCCGCUCCCACCUGGAGGCCCUGCUGCAGGCGUUUGAACAGGAGCCCUUCUUCUCCCCCUCUUUCUCCUCAUUCCCUCGCUCCUCCUCUUCCUCACCCCUCCUCCAUCCGGUCUUUCAGCGCCACGCUCACGAACAAGACACCAGGCUGCACGACAUCUACCGGGGCCUGGUGGUGCCCACGUUGGGCACGGACGCCCUCAAGAUGCCGGCCGCCGCGGACUUUUGGGCGUUGCACUUUGCACAGUUCUGGGUGGACUACGAAGGCACCCGGGGGGGAAAGGGGCGGCCGCAACCCUUUGUGGACUCCUUCCCCCUGACCGUGUGGGCGGGUCAGCCCGCCAAGAUCAUCCAGCACCAGGAGAGACUCAGAGAGGGGUUGUCCCGGAGCACAUCUGGAGAGGCCUUGGCUCGUCUGCAGAGGAAACGACUGUUAAAGGACUUUUACAGUACUGAGGGUGUUCAGGCACAGAAUGCAACUCCGCCUCCCAGUAACGGACUCCAUAAACCCCUCUCCUUGGACAGUCUGCCUUCCUCCUCCUCCUCUUUGUCAUCAUCAGGGAAAGAUCCAGAUGUGCAGAUAUUGGUGCACGUGCAGAAGCAUUUAAGUGCUCAGGUGAGCCACCGGCAGUAUGUGUUCCUGAUGCAUCUGCAGCGCAGCAUCAAAGCCCUGCAGCAGACUCUGCAGCAGGAUCUAGAGGCCAUGGGCUCCAAGAAGGACCGCAAGGACCCCUCUGAGGAUCCCGCAGACCACCAGCCCUUCACCGUCUGCCUGGGCCUCCUGCUCAAAGGCGCCGAGGUGUCCCUGCUCCUGAAGCCCAUCCCCCAUCCUGAGGGGUCUCGCUCUCCGCUGGGGUCCGAGCUCUCCCCCUCAGACAGCCGAGGAACUCUGGAGCCUGGAGGUGAGGCGGGAGAGGGGCUGGAGAGGGGGAUUGAAGGAGGAGGGGCCUGCAUUGUGGACCAGCUGUUAUGCGGUGAGGGCUCCGAGGGUCCUGCCCCCCUUGUUCCCAACUCAUCAUCACGUCCAGACUCGGAUCACAAAGCCUUACUGGAGGACAGGACUUCAGCUAAGAACUCUGGGAGGAGGAGUUCAGACGAGGCGGGGGAGGCGGGAGCAGACGGUCUGGCAGGAAAUGAGGAUUUGGGACUGGACUCCAAGACGGGGGACCCCCUGUCCGACUGGAGCGACAAAGACAAAGCCGGCAAGAUGCCUCAGUCUGUAUCCAGGAAAGGAAGUUUGUCUGUGGUUUCUGAUCUCCUCAGCUCCUCAAACUCCAGCAGAUCCACCUCCCUUUAUUCCAUGUCCAACAUUGGUCGUUUGAUCCGAGACCGCUCCCAGUCCAGUUUCGCUGUGUCCUAUAAGAACAUGAAGAAGAGCCCGUCCCUGCAGUCGCUGGACAACAUCUCCAUAGACAGCUACCUGAUGGAGGACGGAGACACGUACAGUCUGCUGGAGAGAGAUGACGUGUCCAUGUCCGGCUUCAAGGAUGCCAUCAGCGAGCAGAGUGCCACUGAGAGCGCCACGGAGGCAGCCAUUGGUCCAGAGCAGGAGGGGGGCGUGUCCCCCGACACCGUCAGCGCCACCUCCCAGAGCAUCGACGACCCCACCAAAGAUACAGUGUCGGUGCUGGUGCUGAAGGUGCAGUCGGUGUGUGUGAGCAUGGAGGCGUUUGGAGAGAGCACGGCCGUGGCUCUGGAGGUGGGCCGGGUCACCCCCACCCAGCUGGGCAACGUCAGCCUGAGACAGUACCUCAGCAACCGCAGCCUGGGUGGAGAGACCCGCUCUGCGGCCCCCGGGGCCCUCCACAGUCCGGAGGUGCGGGCUCGCCUGGAGAGCGGGCCCUGCGCCGCCGCUCACUCCCCGCUGGCCGAGCGCAACGGCUUCCUGCAGCUGCGUCUCCACGGAUACCAGGCUAACUUCCUGAUGUCCACGCUGCGUAACAUGGCCAACUUCCUGGAGGACGACUCGGCCCCCCAGGUGUUGCCCAUGGAGAUCAGCGUCAGGGACACACACGUCAACCUGAAGGACGACGGCCCCCGGGACAACCCCUCUGACUCGGACCCCUCGCCCAUCACGCUGCACGUGGACAGCCUCAUCAUACACAGGAGGGACGACGGCUCCUUCUCUAUAGGAGUGGACACAGCAACGGAGACAGAACCCGGGAACGAGGGGUUGUUGAGUGACGGCGCUUUGACUCCGGUUCCUGAGGUUGGACGUGUGUUCUGCGGAGUACCAAAGGCUACACAGACCCAAGCUCUGCCCAGCAGCCCUCUGCCGUCUAACAGAGAUAAGAUGCUGGUGGAGGAAAAUGAAUGUUUGAAAGUGGAGCUGUCCCGAGCCAAGAUGGCGCUGGCGGAGGCUCAGAUGGAGAAGGACUCGCUGCUGCACCGCAUAAAGAACCUGAAAGUGAACAGCAGCUAGACCCGCCCCUCUCUCCUGUCACUCAGCCGCCCCUGACACUGAUGGGCAGCAUUUAAAAUGAACGGCAACAUCAACAAGCAGAUAAAAAGACUAAAACGGCUCCCUUUACGCGCUUUUUUGUUGUUGAGCAAGCCACCAUGUGAAUUUAGACUUCAGAAUAAUUCCCUCAUAAAGCAAUGCAGAGUCUGUGUGAAGACUGAUGUCCUCCACUUUGGACUGCGGAGGCUUGGAGAGAGAAAACACAUGUGUGUGUGAGAAAUAGGAUAAUAAUCUAUAUCCGUGGCUGUGCCUACAGAAAACGUACACACACUAUCCCUGUUGUGCAUGUAAAACGGAAAAAAGAAUCACAGCUGACCUUAGACUUAAUUCAAUCCUGUACAAAUGAAGGAACACUGAAUGUCGUAUCUUCAGAAGAAUGUCUAAAAAAGAAACAACUUAUUUUGCAAGCACAUAAAUUAUAAUUGAGUGCUUUCAUAUUCAGAAUGGACGAGACAAAUCAUGCUCUCUCUCGCCCUCCGAGUGUGUACAGUGUACAUUGUAUUAGAAUGUGAACACAUAACUAUUUUCUUCAGAUCCUCCAAUGGUUAUGCAGUGUUUCUUUUUCAAUGUGUGUGUGUUUGUGUCGGCCAGUAACAAGCAUUUCAUUACAAAUAGAGGAUACAUUUAUAUCUGUCAGUUCCACAGCUUUUUCAGCAAAAUGCCCCCCCACAGUAAUGUCUGUAACCCCCCCCCCCCCCCCUCCUAUUUUUCUAUGUGUAAAUAGCUACUUAUCAUGUGCAGCACUUUUAAAACGGAAGCACUGUAAAUAAAACCACAACUGUGACAGAACAAAAGUGGAGGAAUAGGAACUAAUGUGUGCUCCCUGUAAAAAAAAAAAGACACAUUGAAGCUGCCUGACUACAUAUAUGUGUGUCUUUAUGUAGAUUUCUUAUAUGCCAUGUGUCAUUUUUCCAUGGAUGAAGCGUUGAUCAUAUCUGCUGCUGCUUCAUGCCUUUGUGACGACUUCAGGGGAAACUCCUGAACAGAUGUUACAGAUGUUAAAAAUGACAGCACAAAGGAUUAAAAAAAAAGGACAGUUUGAGUUUUACAAACGUUGCUUUCAUGUGUAGUUUCAGUAAUUCUUCCAAAUCUCAAUAUGCAACAAUCAUAACCUGAACUUUAGCUUGGCCCGGUUCAUUUCAAUUUCUAUCUUUCCAAAAAACGAUUCUAGAUCCUGUAAAGACAGACUCUGCACAAACAUGAUGUCAAGACUUGAAGUGUCAGAGGUAGAAUUUUAACACGAUUGUAUGUGAAUAGAUUUGUUUGAUGGAGAUGAUUUUCUUUUUUAUGCUUUUCCCCGCUCCCCUUUCUUUGAGAAACACCUAACACCCUCUAAACCCCUGUGGAGGAAAGAAAAGACACAAAGUAAUACGUUGUAUUUUGUCUGUCAAAGCUGCUGAAAGACUGCUGAAAAUAAAAGGGUAUCCAAUUUCA